AGAAGUCUGUAUUUAAAUACUGGGACACAAGUCCUUCAGAUACACAAGCUCAUAUUGUGAUUGCUAACAUGAAGCCUAUGUCUGCUGUUUGUGUCACAUUUGGCAUUUUAAACUAUAUUGCAUUUGUUAUUGGGGAUGCCAUACCUGCAAAUGAUGAUCAGCUGACACGAACAGCAAGGGAGGCAAAUGGACAAGGCGCAAUUGACUGUCAGAUGGGCCCUUGGUCAAACUGGAGCACCUGUGAUCCAUGCUCGAAAAUGCAGUACCGCUCGAGAACCGUGGAGGUUUUUGGUCAAUUUGGGGGGCUUGUCUGCAACCAGCCCCUGGGGGAGCGCAGAGCCUGCCAGACGGAAAUCGCUUGCGACGAGAUUAAAAAUCCUCCCUGUUCAAACACUGAAUUUCAGUGUGAAUCAGGCACUUGCAUUAAGAAGAGGUUGGUGUGCAAUGGAGACAAUGACUGUGGGGAUUUCUCUGAUGAAGAUUGCGAUGAUGAACCACGGCGGCCGUGUGGAGCAAAAGAAAUGGAGCUAUCUGAACUGGCCAGAAACGCAGGAUAUGGCAUCAGCAUUCUCGGGUCAGGGGCCAGAGCCAAUGCCUUCAAUAAUGAAUUCUUUAAUGGGGCAUGUAGCCGUGUGAGGGACCCCAACACCUUAGAGUUUCACCGCACCCCAUGGAACGUCGCAGUUCUAAACUAUGACACACGUGCAGAUGAGUCCUACUCAAAAGAGGUUUUUGAAACAACAAGUACCCUGCUCAAGGAAAUUAUGGAGGAAAACAAAUUUUCCAUAAGUGUGGGAUUGUCUUACAAAUUUGAGCCCACUGAAAUUCCAAUUACCACAUUAAAUGUAACAAAUGCAGGUUUAAGUCUGGCAUAUGGAAGGAAAGAAAUCAUUAAACAAGUUACUGAACAUACAGCUACCAAGAACAAGUCCUUCAUGCGAGUUAAAGGCCAGGUUCAGAUGGGCACAUUCAGAAUGAGAUCACGUGACUUGAGGGUGACAGACACAUUCUUGACAGAUGUGUCAUAUCUGCCGUUGGAGUAUGCAAAGGGGGAAUACUUCAGAUUCCUGGAGGAUUAUGGCACACACUAUGCCAUGUCUGGGAAGGAAGGAGGCGAAUAUGAACUUGUCUAUGUGUUAAACAAGGAAUACAUGAAAACCAAAAAAGUGACAUCACGGGAUGUCCAGAACUGCUUCAGCCUUGAUGUUUCAGUUACCGUCCAGGGAGUACCUGGCACUGAAGGAACAGCUUCAAUUAAACCAGGCUUUUGUAAUGACUUAAUCAUGAAAGAUGAUGGAGUUACAGAUGAACAUGCACUUAUUGACAAGGUGAUGACAUCUGUCAGAGGGGGUACAAUCCAAACUGCAACUGCUCUGAAGACAAAAAUUGAGAAGACUGGUGUGAUGGAUGUGGAUACCUACGUAGCAUGGGCAAAGUCACUCGCUGUUGCUCCAGUGGUGGUCCACAGCCAGCCUGAAGCAAUCCAGUCCCUGAUUCCUCUGAAUAUGCCCCAUGCCGAUGUCAAGAAAGACAACUUGAAGAGAGCCUUUGAAGAUUACAUUGCCGAGUACAAUGUUUGCAAAUGCCAGCCUUGUCAAAAUGGUGGCACAGUCACCUUGAUUGAUGGCGAGUGCCUCUGCCUAUGCCUCCCGCAGUUCGAGGGGCUGGCAUGUCAAAAUAUCAAGUCCGAAGAGCUGAAACAUCACCAGAACACGGUUGUCCAGCAGGGGAACUGGGGCUGCUGGUCUUCCUGGACCAGCUGCAUUGGAGGACGAAAAACUCGGACCCGCACCUGCAACACGAAAGGCCUCACUUCUGGCACAUGCAAAGGGGAGAUUCUUGAUUCUGAUUACUGCUGAAAAGCACAAAUAAUCUGCCUUGGUCAGAAGAAAGAGAUCUGCAACUGUAGACAUUCAUCAUGAACAGUAGAUAGAAUCUGCAAAACUUCACUGACUACAAAUUUUCAUUUUUUAUUGAAAAGAUAAAUCUGGAUUGCCUGUACAACAAAAUGAAUGGUAUUUUUAAUAAACAACUUUUAUCAAUAUGAA